AUGGGCGCAGGACAGUCGAAUGAGCAUGGUGCAUCAUCCCCAGAGGAGUUGAGCUCCGUGCUUGCCGAGCGCUUUGCCACAAAAUGCUUCACGCCAUUAGAGCUCACCCAUUUCAAAGACAACUUCUUCUCCCGGGCCUUGGAGCAAGGUGGAUUGCGGUACUGGAAUGAGAAAGUACUUUCAGACUUCUUGGGCAUUCCAGAUGGUAGCUAUACCUCAUCACGGGGGCAGUCAUUAGAUGCAGGGCCGGUGAUAUUUCGCAUGGUAUCUUAUCUGGGAGCCUUUCCGUUCCAAAACACGCUCGCGCCCAGUGUGUUGACGUUUGAGGCCAUGGUCAAAGUGGUUGUGCUGUUGACCGAGCGCUAUGGGAAAGCACUGAAGCGGGGGCAUAAAGAUCGAACUAAGUUACUCUUUGGCAGUCUAGCUGAUGUGGGGAGAAAGACUCCCGCCGAGUCUGAAAGAGAAUCAGUGACCGAGGAAUCCGAAGCUUCGGCUAGGAAUUCCCAUCCGCUGGGAUUCUCCAUAGAUGAACCGGCCAACGAUGAGUACGAUGAGGACGAGGAUGAUGAUCUUGCACUCGCAGCAUUGGAGUCUCUCGAUGCGAUUGAAGUAUUCAAACAUGAUCACCGUGUUGACAAGACCGUUUACGAGACCCGGAUUUCCAUCGAUACAUUCCGCCGGUUGCUGAUGCUAUUGCUUGUCAUUGCGCCACUAAAGCCAUUAGAGUCUUUGAAGGUAUAUACAUCUGGACUGGAUGGUCGACGCAUGGAAUUGGUCAAGAAAGAAGCAGACAGUAUCAUUGCAGCCUUUUCCCCGGAAGAGAGUGAUGGUGGGAUAUCUUACAAGGCUUUUGCCCGAACGAUAUCACUAUCUCUACCAUAUCUGUUCGAUCCACUCACUGCUCUUUUCGAGCAUAUGCUUUUCAGCAAAAACUUGAACCUAUCCCAACGCCGCCAAAAUGAUCUAACCACGGAGAGCGAACAGGAGAGGAAGGAGAACGAAGAACCCCCCGUACCACCGGCUGCACUUACUCUUCCGGGAAGCUUCGAGUCGGCCAUAUUAAACCCGACGCUUAACUCGCAUCUUUCAUUCUUCCUCCCUUCCACAUCACCCGACAUCAAUAUCCUCCGAAGUGACGUCAAACUCCACCCCGUCUUCUCGACAAGCGCCCACGGGUCUUCCUUAACAUAUUUCUCCCAUCACGUCCUUACCUGGCAAUCUGCCACCCUCCUUAUUCUGCAAGGAUCGGUAGUAGACUCAUCCAGCGAGGAAUUAGUAACUCUAGGCGCCUACAUUCCCCAACAGUGGAAAACGUCCAUAUCGACCUCAGGCUCAUCUUCAAAGACAUCCGACCUCCUUCCCUGCCUCUUCCAACUAUCCCCAAAACACAUGCUCCUCCCGGGAAAUCCUUCCCCAUCUGCAACGAAGCCCAACACCCCAACCGCCUAUUUCUCACCCAACACCGGCAUCGCAAUCGGCUGUAAUAUCCCCGCCCCGUCCCGCACACACCAAACCUACCCGUCCCCACACGGAGCAGGCAGUCUCAUUAUCGAUGCGAACAUAGAAACAGCCGAGUUCCACACCGCACCCUUCGCACACAACGGUGUCUUCUUACCCGCUGCCAAUACAUCCCUUGAAGACCCGCCCACAAAGAUCAAGCUUGAUCUUUAUACCCUGGAGAUUUGGGGUAUCGUCCCAGAUCCGGACACGUCUUUCUCCGCAGACCCGACCUUAAGUCCGGUGGAGAUUCAGCGAGCAAAGUGGGAAUUUGAGGCACGAGAGGCUGAGCGCCGUCGUAAUAUCAAUAUCAAGGCUGGAGCUGGGGAUCCAGCGACCCAGAGUGCAAGGUGGCUUUUGGAAACGGCCGGUAUUAUUGGGGAUCAGGCGCGAUAUACUGGUGGAGGGGGUUAG